UUCUGGAGCUGAGGCGGCGCGAACAGGGUCUGCGGGCUGUAGGGGAUCUACGUGAAGGACUCCGGGGUUCAGGGCAGCGCCAAUGGCGUCUCGGGCAGGCCCGCGGGCCGCCGGCACCGACGGCAGCGACUUUCAGCAUCGGGAGCGCGUCGCCAUGCACUACCAGAUGAGUGUGACCCUCAAGUAUGAAAUCAAGAAGCUGAUCUACGUGCAUCUGGUCAUGUGGCUGCUGCUGGUUGCCAAGAUGAGUGUGGGACACCUGAGGCUCUUGUCACAUGAUCAGGUGGCCAUGCCCUAUCAGUGGGAGUACCCGUAUUUGCUGAGCAUUGUGCCCUCUCUCUUGGGCCUCCUCUCCUUCCCCCGCAACAACAUUAGUUACCUGGUGCUCUCUAUGAUCAGCAUGGGACUCUUUUCCAUCGCUCCCCUCAUUUAUGGCAGCAUGGAGAUGUUCCCUGCUGCACAGCAGCUCUAUCGCCAUGGCAAGGCCUACCGCUUCCUCUUUGGUUUUUCUGCUGUCUCCGUCAUGUACCUGGUGUUGGUGCUGGCGGUUCAAGUGCAUGCCUGGCAGUUAUACUACAGCAAGAAGCUCCUAGACUCUUGGUUCACCAGCACACAGGAGAAGAAGCGUAAAUGAAGCCUGUCUGAUGGACUGAUCUCUGGGGUGAAGCCUAGCCCUCCUAUUGAGAGGAAUGAGAGGGUAGAGGAGCUGUUCUAAAAUCUCCUUCGGUAAUUUGGCAGCUGUGAUGUUGGCAACUAGUACAAACUAGGCCCAAGUUCCAGAAAGCUGCUACUAUUAUCAGCUGAGGUGGGAAAACUAUAACUUAUUCCUGGUUGGCUGGAACUGGGUGAAGAAUAGCUGUAAAACAAGCUUCAGCUAGUUUAAGUUGAAGCCCUUCAGGAUUUUUCUUUUAAGACUGAGCCUCCUUUCCUCUUAGUCAUUCUCUCCAUUUCCAUCCAUUACCCCUUAGCCACCGAGACUGGAGGAGAUGGAGAAUCAACCAAAUUUUAUUUCAAUCUAUGAGUCAUUGGGAGGAAACAUUUAGGAGACUGCUUUCCCUGCAGGCUAUGGUCUCUACUCCAAAGCAUUUUAAUUAAAAAGAGCCUCAAUAAAGUUAUAACUGCCCUGUCCACCCUGUGCCUUGUGUUUGGGAUUUAACAGUGUGAAUGGUGCAUUGCAUGAGUGGCUUUAGACACCAAGAGAUAGGUGGAAGCUCCCUGAGAAACCUGGCAGUGGCCAUAGAGAAGUGAAUUGGGUGUAAGGAACGUAAGUCAUAGUUCCCACCCUGUAGCUGAUUAGCAGGAACUGUCAUGGGCCAUAUAUUUAAUCUCUCCACCUAUAAAAUGUCCAUUCUCAUUUAUCCAGCUUGGGUUAUAGAGUCUUCUUUUGGUUGUGUAUUCAUGUUCAUCAUUCAGUGUUACCAGUGUCAGUUAUGUGUCUGAUACAGUAGACCCCCUCUUAUCUGUGGGGGAUAUUCUAAGAUCAUCCCCAGUGGAUGCCUGAAGCUGCAGAUAGUGCCAAACCCUAUGUAUAUACUAUGGUUUUUCUAUACAUACAUACCUAUGAUAAAGCUUAAUUUAUAAAUUGGGCAUAGUAAGAUACUAGCAACGAUAAUAAAAUGAUUAUAACAUUGUAAUAAAAGUUAUGUGAAUGUGGUCUCACUGUGAGAUUUCGUCAUGCUACUCAAAA